AUGGCGACGGAUUUACCAAACGGGAAAGGCUGUGACAGUCAUUCUGACCUGCCUGUCCCCUCUUUGCGUCAUCGUUUUGGUCUGAACAGACCUGCCGCUUCACCCUCAUCCGAUCUGACACCUACACCGAGCUCAUCUGUCCCAUUUGAAUGCACCGAGGAAUUCAAUAUUGUGCCCCACCCAGAGAUUCCGUCAACUUUGAAGAAUAUGGGUCGCGUGAAACGUCACUCUCCUGAAGGAGAUGCUGACCCAUCUUCGUUCGAAACCGAUUUGACAGCGACGGAUUUACCAAACGGGAAAGGCUGUGACAGUCAUUCUGACCUGCCUGUCCCCUCUUUGCGUCAUCGUUUUGGUCUGAACAGACCUACCGCUUCACCCUCACCCGAUCUGACACCUACACCGAGCUCAUCUGUCCCAUUUGAAUGCACCGAGGAAUUCAAUAUUGUGCCCCACCCAGAGAUUCCGUCAACUUUGAAGAAUAUGGGUCGCGUGAAACGUCACUCUCCUGAAGGAGAUGCUGACCCAUCUUCGUUCGAAACCGAUUUAACAGUGUCUGAGCAGUACACUGAAACCUGUUCAGCCAUUAUGAAACCGGAAAUUCUUUUAUCCCGUGGUGAUAUUUCCGUUGUUACACCUCGAUUGUCGGUAUUGCUAAAUGAGCCCUUCCAAGAUGACGGAAUCCGGUCAACUUUAGAAGGUCCAAUUCCAUCAAAAAUGGAAGAAACUAUUCUGAAAUGGGAUUAUGCGGGUGAUUUGGCCUCGCAGAAUUUGUCCGCCGAUUCUGUGCAUCACGUACGGACUUGCAAUGACGGUGAUCACGGGUCGGCUGAUAAAGAAUCACUGGAAGAUGAGGCGGUCACUGUGCCUUUGACAUGGCCAUCUCCAUUUAAUUCACAUCGAUCACCACGUCUACACGCUGUGCUGGUUGGACGGAAAUUGCGAUCGGGCUAUCGUUAUAGUGCAGUUGAUCAGCAGCACGUGCCUGGCCUAUCCAAACUUUUUCCAAAGGGUAUGUGGUAUGAAUUUUUUUUAUAA